AUUGGAUAAAAGGAAACUGCCGGUGAAUGGAAAAAAAUAGAGAAGUUAAAGUAACGUGGUUAUGUAGCCGUUUGUUGUUGCAACGUGAUGUAUACAAGUAUUUUCUGACCAGCUAGUGAACGGCUACUUUCGUUAUUAGACAAUGGGACCAAAUAUGAAACGGCACAUAUUUACAGCGCCGAGCUAGUUUGCUUAAUUCAGAAUAUAGGAUCAUGUGUUUCGGGGGUUUGUCGUAGGGUUAAAAGAUGGCUGACAGUAAGUGUGGUGCAGUGAUGGAGUCUGUCAUGCUGGUGGCUCCAGUCACGGCCCUGGAGUUCCUGGGGGAGGACUACCUGCUGGCAGGCGUGGGCCCAAACCUGUCUGUCUACAGCCUUCACGCUCCACCCGCCGUCUGCGCCACGCUGACCGCGCUCCGGAACCAGCGCAUCCACGGCAUCCGCCCGGAUCCAUGGCAACAGGGGCGAGCGGCGCGCGCCGCUGUCGCCGAGGAAGAGGAGGAGGAGGAGUUAGAGGCAUCGCUGCGACAACGAAAACAAGGAAGGAGCGUGGCCCUCUCCGAGGAGGAGGAGGAGCCGUCUCCGUGGCGACAGUCCGGGGGGGUCCGGAGCGCGGUGCUGGCGGUGUUCGGGGGGAAGGCCGUGAGGCUGGUGGGCUUUGAGGAGGCGGGGGUCGGGGGGUCCCCCUGUCUGCGGGCCCUGGGGCCCCUGCGGGAGCUGCAGGACUGGGUGUGCGACGUGCGCUGGCUCCGGGGCGGGGCUCCCCUCCUGGCCGUGGCUCUGGCCCACAAUGCCGUGCUCCUGCUGGAGGCGGGGAGGGGGCGGAGCCUGGCGCUCCGCUCCUGCCGGGAGGGCUGCCUGCUGUACUCCGCCCUGCUGCUGGGGCAGCGCUGGGAUCACGUGGUCGUGGUGGGCGGGACCGUUUUCAACCAGCUGGUGUUGUGGAGGCCCGGAGGGGGCGGGGCGGGGGGCGGGACGGCCGAGCGGGGCGCUCCGGUGGAGGCGCGGCUGGCGGGGCACGGCGGGGUGAUCUUCGGCCUGGCGUACGAGCGGCGGCUCGGCUGGCUGGCCUCGGCGUCCGACGACCGCAGCGUGCGUCUGUGGGGCGUGGGCCGGCUGGGCGGGGCGGCGGGCUGCGGGGACGACCCGGCCCCGCCCUGCCUGCGGGUGCUGUACGGGCACCAGGCCCGGGUGUUCUCCGUGCGCCUCCUCUCGCCCGGCCGGGUGUACAGCGCGGGGGAGGACGGGGCCUGCCUGCAGUGGGACGGGCACAGCGGGCGUGUGCAGCGCACCCUGAGGGGCCACAGGGCCGGCGGGGUCCGGGCGCUGGCCCUCAGCGGCGAGGGCGGGGCGGGACGGCGUGGGUGGGUCGCCACCGGGGGGGCGGAUGGGGGGGUCCGGCUCUGGAGGGUGGGCGAGGGGGAGGGGGAGAGCGAGGGGGAGGGCGUCCCUGAAACCCAGGCACUGGAGGACCUGGGGUUCGACGGCAGAGGGAGCCCCAAGGUGGUGCGAGUGGUGGGGUCGGGUGGGUGGAGGGAGGGGGGAGUGGUGGUGGUGAGCACAGACCAGGGGGAGGUGUACCUCCGGGAGGGGGGAGGGUGGAGGCCGGUGUGGGAGGGGGGCCCGGAGUACCGGUCGUACAGUGUGAUGGAGGUGCUGGACGUGGGCGGGGCUGGGGGCGGGGCCUGGGCGGGGCUCUGCGCCGUGGGCAGCCUAUCGGGGGCGGUGUGCGUGUUCCCCCUGUCUCAGCCCAGCGCCCAGGUACACCUGAGGGCAGGCGAGGGGAAGGUUCACAGCGUGCUGUGGGCGGGGCUGGGCGGGGGGCGGGCCUACCUGCUGGCCUCGGGCGUGGCGGGGCAGGUGCGUCGCUGGCGCCUGGAGGUGGGAUCUGACGGACGGGGCCUGGCGGUGAGCGCGGAGCCCCUCCCCUCCUUCCUCCUGCCCCCCUGUGCUAAACGCUGGCUCACCGCCGCGGCCUUCCUCCCCCGGCCACAGGGGGCGCUGUGGUUCUGUGGAGACAGGAGGGGCUCCCUUCUGCUUUACAGAGACCGAGGAGAGGGAGAGGGAGAUGAGAGAGAUGGUGAAGGGGAUGAGAGAGAGGGAGAGGGCGAUGAGAGAGAGGGUGAGGGGGAUGAGAGAGAGGGAGAGGGGGAUGAGAGAGAAGAAGAAAGACAGGGAGGAGACGGAGAGGCAGGGGACGGAGAGGCGGUGCAGCCGGUUUGGACUCUGUUCGGGGCUCACGGGAAGCAGGGCGUGACGUGGGUGUGCGAGCACCAGGGGGCGCUGUUCAGCUGCGGGAGAGAUGGCUGCGUGCGCGUGCUGAGGGUGGGGAGGGGAGGGGAGCGGCUGGAGCUGCUGAGGGUGGAGCGGGCGUGCCGGGGGAUGGAGUGGGUGGAGAGGGUCCUGUUCCUGGAUCCGGAGGCGGGGACGAAGGAGGAGGCGGAGCAGGCGGGGGGGCGGAUGGCGGUUUUGGGAUUCCACUCCGUCUCCUUCGUGGUGUGGGACGUGGCGCGAAGGGAGCGGCUGCUCUCGGUGCCCUGCGGGGGGGGCCACCGGUCCUGGAGCUACGCCCCCGCCUCCGGCCUGGUGUUCGUGAAGCAGGGGGCGGUGACGGCCGCCCUGGACCCCCGGGGGGCGGGGGGGGGCGGCGGCUGGGGGCUGAGGCCGGGGCUGCACGGGCGGGGCGCGGGCUGCGUGUGUCGCCUGGGCCGGGCAGGGCCCUGGGAGGUGCUGGCGUCCGGGGGGGAGGACACCACCCUGAGCGUGCUGGCUGCGCGGCCCGUCGACGGGGAACUCGCGGUGCUGUCCGUCGUCACCGACCACAUCUCCAGCGUCCGCGCCCUCGCCGCGGUGCCGCGGGGGGGCGGCGGCGGCGGCGGGGGGGCGGACGGGCAGACGGCGGCGGCGGCGGCAGCCUCCCUCUCGGCCCUGCUGAUUUCGGCCGGGGGCAGGGCUCAGCUGCAGUGCUACCGGCUGCUGAUUGGCUGGGGCCCGGGGCCCGGCCCGCCCACCUGUCAGGUGAUCCAGGUAGCCGGCCACCGGUUGGAUGAGCAGUGGGAAAGAAGGCGGAACCGGCACAAGACCGUGAAAAUGGACCCUGAGACCAGGUACAUGUCUUUGGCAGUGCUGCAUGAUGGGACAGCGGGGGUCCUCCUAGCUGUGGCCUGCAGUGAUGGUGCCGUGAGAGUUUUCUCAGUCAGUGAAGUGGACAGGAAGUUCCAGCUGCUGUGGGAGAGCUUCUAUCACCAGCGCUGUGUGCUCAGUCUCGCCCCCUGCUGGAUGGAGGACCGUCUGGACAAUCGGAGGCUGUUUGUGUUCAGUGGGGCCACAGAUGGAAGUGUUGCAUUGUGGGAUAUGAGCGCACUCACAGCCUGGAGAGCCAGUUCCACUGCUGGCCUCAUGUGGAAUGGUCCAGGCAGUCCCUGCUUCACAGUGACUGUCCAUCAGAGUGGUGUCAACAGCCUGGUCGUGUGGGAGGGGCAUGGGGAGGAGGCGGACCAUGAGGAGGAGGAGGCGGAGCCUGGGGAGAAAGAAGCAGCCUGGAUGACUGUGGCGAGCGGAGGAGAUGACGGGCAGUUGUCAGUGGUUAACAUUCAGCUGCAGUUCCCCCGGCCGCAGGUAGAGGGCGGUGCUGUAUCCGUGCAGUUGCAGUCACGCUCCUCGGUGCCCCUGGCUCACGCUGCCCCGGUAACGGCUCUUCAACGUCUGGGUCCCGGCCUGCUGGUCUCCACCUCCCCUGACCAACGCGUGUGCCUCUGGCAACUGACCAGCCCCGCCCCUCACCAACAAGACCCCGCCCCUCACCCACACGGCCCCGCCCCUCACCCACACAGCCCUGGCCCUCACCAGCAGGGCUCUGUCCCUCAUGAACAGGGCCCCGCCCCACAUCGUGCGGGUCCCACCCUUCGCCACCAGGGGACGCUCUUCUCGCACGUGGCGGACGCGGCGGGCGUGGCGGCGUGGCCUGGGGUUGGGCCGGGGGGCGGAGCCUGGGCGGCGGUUUGCGGUCAGGGGUUACAGCUGCUGCGAAUCAGAGGAGAGGAGAGGGAAAGGGCGAACGAGUGAGGGAAUGAACGGCGGGCGUGGGAGGUCAGAGGUCAGAGGUCAUGCUCUCUCCCUCGCGCUCCACAAACACAGCCGGCCUGGAGGACGUCCCAAAGCUCGGCUGGAGGUGGAGCUCAGUCACCUCAGAUUCUCGCCCCGCACACACACACGGAACGCACACGGAACACACACGGAACGCACACGGAACGCACAUCGCAGGCGUGUGUAAGCGCGCCGUUCACACGCAGACGGACCUCACGCUACAGACACGCGUGCGCGUAACAGACCUGCGCUGCCGUGUCAGAGACAGGUAUCCCUGCUCUCUGUGCCGUGGCUGGCGCGAACCAGAGGACCGGAACAUUCUUUAUUAUAUUUAUAGACCAGGGCAGGCCGGUGGCAAAUCGCAGGGAGGUGAUGCAGUGGGAGGGUCUGCUGGGACUGCAGUCUAAAUCACAAUCACUUGUGCUUGUGUUGUUGCUGACAAUAUCAUUUUUAUAAUUGUGAGAUAAGGUUUAUUAUUGUGAAAUAAAGCGUUUAUGCUGUGUGUG